GGAGAGGAGGUAAUAAAGUGACUCAAAGGAGAAAUGACAGGAAACAUAGAGCUGUUGAAAAAUAAAUAUAUUGUAAGAUUUUGCAACUUCGGUAUGGAGUAAGGUGAAAAGAAAGUGUAUUUGUAUUUUGCCGCUAUUAUUUUGUGAAAUGACACAUUCAAACAAAACGCCAACAGUGAGUUUAAGUGCCAAAUUAUGGAGAUAGCAGUGGAGUUGAUUUUUUGUAAAUGGUUAAUGGAUAAAAUUUGUGUUAAAAUAUAUUAAGAAUUGUGAUAUUUUUAAUCAGACCAUGGAUAUGAUUCUCCUACAGUUGCUGGUUUUUAUUGUGCCAUUUUCUAUUGUCAUAAAUUUAACUGGAUGUGAUAAAGCAGAGCCAGCGGCACAAAACUUAUGGAAGAAAGACAAACCUAUAAUCAAGUUCAGUAACUCCUCAAUAGACAUUUUGAGUGGUGAAGUUGUUCUGACUGCAGGGAAGUAUGCUAUACCGGGUGAGAAAAGUACAGAGAAAGCUGGUGAUAGUCUAAAUGUGACCUGUUAUAGUAGUCUACCAGCAGAAUGGGUUGUGGUUCAGGGAGAAGAUGUUAUUGGUCCAAAUUUUGCAAUAAGUAUGGAUCUUAUGGAGAUAGGGGUCACAAAUCUGCAAGAUGUGGAUGGACAUCGAUAUGCAACAAACCUGUUUAUAGACAGCAUAAAGUUUGACUACACUGGACUCUAUGUCUGCAGACUGAUACAAGAUUUGAAUGUAAACAAUUCGGUCUACAUUUUUGCUGAAGAUUUAGAGAACCCGUUCACAGACCGACACUAUGUCGACCUGCCGUAUUACCCAAACCAUCUGACAUUGUAUAUGAACAGAGGUUUUACAGUGCCAUGCCAGACUAGUUCCCCAGACAUUAGUAUCACAUUUCGCUGUGAAUGCCACAACCCAAAGCCAUUGGGACCAGAGCAAGGUGUCGUGUUUGACCCAAAAUGGGGCGUUAGAAUAGAAACAGUAGAUGGGUCCUUUGAUGGUUUGUACGUCUGUGAAACAACCAUUGGAAAUUUUACGUACAAGAGAACGUUUACAUUUUUGAUUCAUGUGCCUCCAGAUGUGCCACCAAUUCCACACUUGGUACCAAAUCAUGAUAUACAUAGAACUGUUGGAGAAGCCUUUAGUUUACAAUGUAAGGUUAAGGUUAUGACAGGUAUAAGACCAAUACUCUCAUGGAGUUUCGCUAACAGUGGAAAACAGGAAACAGAAUUAAAGGAAUCAAAUCGGAUCAGUAUAAUGAAACCAUAUAGAACAGACGGUGGGGGAAGUGGUCUCGAGGAGUAUCGUGGCGACCUUGAGGUUCGCAGUGUCACCCUUGAAGAUCAGGGAAUCUACAAAUGUAUUGCAUGGAUCUCUGACAAAAACAAAGGCAAAGACGAGACCCAUGUUUAUGUUCAUGAGAAACCAUUUGUAUAUCUGAUGGCAGUAGAGGAAUCUAUGACAGUGAGAGAAAAAACUGAUCAGAAAGUUGAUUUCUACAUCAAUGUGAAUGCCCAUCCUGUACCCGAUUUUUACUGGAGGAAAGGAGACAAAAAUAUCACUAAGAAGGACACUAACAUAGAGUCCCAAAGAUUGAACAAUGACCAGAUAUUUUUACGUGUAAAGUUUCCAACACGGCGGGAUGCUGGGACAUACACUAUCAUUGCCAAUGUACCCGGUAUGGAAACGUCUUUUGAUGUCAGGCUGAUAGUGGAAUACGAGCCUGAAGUAAAUAUUACGACAGAUAAUGGAGGUUCAGAGUUCUACCUUAUGUAUAUGGAACACAAAAUUAACUGUUCCGUGCGGUCGGUUCCCUUUCCAACCAGAAUAGACUGGUUUUGGCAAUCGUGUACAAGUCCCACAAACUGCAGCAUUCAAAAUGAUAAAUGGGAACGAAUCAUUAUUACUGACAAGGCAGAAGUUGUGUAUCCAAAACUUGUGAAUUUUAAAAUGGAUGAUGGACACACAAACAUAAGCCAGUUGAUUGUGAUGGAGAAUCGAGUUGGGUUUUAUAAAUGUAAAGGGCAGAAUAAAGUCGGAUCAACAUCUGCUUCACUGCCAUAUGUAGCUACAGAUGUUGAAAAUGGUUUCAAAUAUUGGGCAUUAAACAAGUACCCUGUAGUUGGAGAUACUAUCGAGUUGUAUUUCAAGGCAAGUGUUUGGAAGUACUCAAACCUGACUGUGAUGAACCGUACCUAUGUGACACAAGUAGAACCUGGCUGGGAAGAAAACAGAACCAGUAUUAAACAUGAAAAAGAGGAUUAUUCUAUAUCAACCCGUGUGACGAUAAGUCCAGUCACAAAGUAUGACGAGUAUGACUUUGUUUGUUUCGGGUUUGAUAUUCAGGGAAAAAAGAUUCCUGGAAGAAUUGGAACAAUACAGUUGUCAGUUAGAGAUAUUCGUCCUCCUAUGUUUUCUACUGAACCCUCAAAGACUUUAAUCGACGACAAGUCAUUUGCAUACGACUGUGAGGUGGAGGGUUUGCCAACGCCUGUGAUUUACUGGUACAAAGAUUUUGAGAAGCUGGAUCCGGAAAACAUGACACAAGGAUAUGAAAUUGUUGAUGAAAGUCGAAGGUUGAAGAUCAAUGCCACUGAUUCCAGUUUUAGUGGAGUAUAUACAUGUAUGGCAGAAAACAGAGGUGGUUUUAUUGCCAGAAACUUUACUUACACAUAUGCGCGGCCGACAGAGCGUCCACCAACUUUAGCAUCAUGGGAGACCAAUGUUAUUAUUGUGUGUUGCAUAGUGGUUGCAGCCCUUAUUGUGGCUGUCUUCAUUCUUUGCUGGGUAUACAGGAGAAAAUCUAUGGAACUUCACAAAGAAUUAGAGCAGUAUUUGAUACAGCCAAAGGGAGAUUAUAACCCUGACAUGCCAAUAGAUGAGCAGACAUCUUGUAUUCCAUAUGACGCUAAAUGGGAAUUUCCAAAAGAAAGACUACGAUUAGGAAUGAUAUUAGGUCAGGGAGCAUUUGGUCGUGUUGUGAAAGCUGAAGCUAUUGGCAUUGUCGAUCAUGUGGAUGUUUUAAGUGUGGCAGUUAAAAUGGUUAAAGAUUGUACAGAUAGAGAGCAGAUGAUGACAUUGUUAUCAGAGCUGAAGAUACUUAUACAUAUUGGUCAACAUCUUAAUAUAUUAAAUUUGUUAGGAGCAGUAACCAAAAAUAUUGCCAGAGGAGAGCUUUAUGUGAUUGUAGAAUAUUGUCACUUUGGUAAUCUUCGUAACUACAUUCUGAAACACAAGGACGAGUUUCAAGAUACCAUGAACGAUGACUACCUUGACCCUGUGACCCAGAAAAUGAAGGAGGCAGGGGAUCAUCCACCAGAGAUGGCAGCUCCAGUACCAGAUGGUGAUUUGAAAAAGCCGGCAACGUCAGCAACAAAACCGUACUAUAUGAACAAGGCAGCUCCGGAUAAUACGGCUGCCUUGUUGGGGCCACCACUCACAAAGAAAAAUAUGAUAUCAUGGUCAUUUCAAGUUGCAAGGGGAAUGGAAUAUUUAGCAUCGAAAAAGUAUAUACACAGAGAUUUGGCAGCAAGAAAUGUGUUAUUAGCAGAAGACAAUGUUGUAAAGAUUUGUGACUUUGGUCUUUCGAAAGAUUGUUACAAAUAUGCAAAUGAGGAAUAUAGGAAGAAAGGAGAUGGUCCAGUACCAGUGAAGUGGAUGGCCAUAGAAUCUCUCACACAUAGGUUAUAUACCACCAAAAGUGAUGUCUGGUCAUAUGGUAUAUUUCUGUGGGAGGUUUUCUCUCUAGGUGGAAGUCCGUACCCUGGUAUAGACCUCAAUGAUAAGUUUAUAGGACUUCUCAAGGAUGGGUACAGGAUGGAACAGCCUCCUCAAGCUAACCAAGACAUAUACAAUGUGAUGUUGGCCUGUUGGGAAGUAGAUCCUGAAGACAGACCAACAUUUACACAACUAGUCAAUGUGAUGGGAGAUUUCCUAGAAGACAAUGUCAAACAGUAUUAUUUGGACCUUGGUUGCCAUUUCGAUGGAGAGGAUGAUGAAACUGUUGAAGGAGCAACAGGUGUCGAGCCCGGGUAUCUGAGUAUGAACUCUAUGGCUAUAGAAGAGCCCACCGAUUAUACCAAAAUGUCGUUAGCGCCACCCCCUCCUACAGGCAAUGUGAAAUCUAGUGAAACUGAAAAGUUAGUUGUUGAUUUGAAGCGUAAUAAAAAGGAUAGUGACACGGAGGAAAGAUACGUGAAUUUUGAUUUGACUAAAAAGAAUGCUGCCAAAGAUAGGUUGAAAAAUAAACAACAAGACAUUGAAGUUCAGCCUCUUAUUCACAAUGUAGAUGAAGUGCAGACAAGAGAUUCUCCAGGGAGAAAACGCCGAAAGAACGGGUCGCCAAUACGGUUGAAUACACAAGCGGAAGUUCACGGGAAUGAAGAUAGUGAUAGUGGACAUGAGAGCUUUGCUCCCGGAAGUUCGCCGGAUAAAAUUGAUGAAAAUGAUGGUUAUUUGUCACCAAAGAGUAUGAAUAUGCAGGAUGUGCCAGUGUUUGAAAUGAAUGGCAUAACCCCGACAAAGGGAAGUAACUCUAAGAAUGUUGGAAAUGGACAGGCUAGAUUGUUGUCUAGCGGGUAUAAUUUUAACGAUUUACAGCCUCCGGAUUAUAGAGCAGUAAUGGAGGAGGCAACAGAAACCAAUGUCUGAAAAAAAAAGGUUGUAUCUUCAUUAAGGUCAUUACUUCAUAACUAAUCUUAACAGUUGAGCUGUUUUGUUUAACUCCACAUGUCUGUUGAAGAUCUGAGAUCUUACAAACUGCCAAUUGGGCUGUUCUGUUUUACUCCUAAGGAUCUGAGAUCAUAUAAACAGACCAAAAGGUAGGCUUUAAUCAGAAUUGGUGCAAUAUUUGGCAGUGACAGCAGUUAAAUGGGAGUAAAGAUGAAUUGAAGGGAUUGAAAAAAACAGCUGUGUUGGAAUUUAAGUCAGUGUUCAAGACUAACAGGAUUUCUACGCUGAGUUAAAGACAUGUGUCACUCUAGAACAAUCUUUCCUGUGAUGCAUUAUUGGAAAUCAGAAAUUAAAAAGUCAUGGCAUGAAAAACAAUACAGACUCAGUAAAUGUUGAAAUUGGAAACAAUGUGAUGUGUUGAGUUGUUCAUUAUUAUCAUGCCAAAAAAAGGAACCAAAGAAACUGACGGCUUUUUGUUAAAUGUUAUAAAGCUUUGGUCAGAGAUGUGUUUUGCAAAAUGUUAAUCGUGAACUUUACAUUAUUGUUAUAACUACAUACAGUACCUUAACUAU